GAGUGACUAAACUUUCCGGGUCACGUGAGCGGGCGGGGCCGGUGGGGUUCGGGAGCCAGCUGCGGGCCGCCGGACUGGCCGAGGAGGGGUUCGAAGGCGCGACCGGGACGGGGGCCGGGGCGAUCCGAGGCGCCAGGUCGCGAGGUGCCUGACCGCAGGUGCCCCGGCCCGGGAUGCGCUAGCCGCCGCCCGCCCGUGAAGCCGGUCCCGGCGCCACCCGCCCGCCGCCCCGCCUAUGGCGACCCCGGCCCUGGGGCUGCUGCUGGCGCUCGGCCUGUCGCUGCUGCCCGCCCGCCGGGGCCGAGCCUGGGGGCAAAGUACCCCCUCUCCCAGAGCAAACGACACCAGCAGCUCUGCUCCUACUGAUCCCGAUCCCGGCCCCCAUGGAGGUCUGUCUCAAGAGGCCAUCACUGCCAUCAUUGUGGUUUUCUCUCUCCUGGGUGCCCUGCUCCUGGUUGUGGCACUGGUCUUGCUGGUCCGGAAACUUCGAGAGAAGAGACAGACAGAGGGCACCUACCGGCCCAGCAGCGAAGAGCAGUUCUCCCACGCAGCGGAGGCCCGGGCCCCACAGAACUCCAAGGAGCCGGUGCGGGGCUGUCUGCCCAUCUAGGGCCCUUCCCCCCCCUUCAUCCCCAGCCCCCUUCCUUGCUGUGUGAUCUUGGGGAAAGGCAGCAUGCUCACUCUGAGCAAUCAGACUCACCCAGUGCUUAAGAAUAGAAGGGAAGAUGGUGCUUCAGGACUCUGCCUUGGAGGGCAAGGGAAGGGGCGGGUGGCUGCUCACUUUUUAUAUAUUUAUAUGAAAUCAGUAGAGAGAUAUAAUAAAGUUCUUUCUUUUUGAGCCCGUGGGACCCUUAGCUUAGAUGAAGCCAAGAUGCAUUGUGAGGUGGUCGAGAUGUCUGGGAGGAUUUCCUGGAAAGGUGGGGGGGGAUGGUGCUUGGAGCUAGGUAGAGGUCACCGGUGGAGGGAGUCCUGUAGGAGAGGUGUCUGAGCAGGGCAAGGGAGAAAGUCUCAGAUAAACUUACCAGGCAAAACCAGCUUUGGGUUCUUGUGGCUUUAUUAAGAGACUGGGGCACUGGUGGGGUGGUGGUGGGUCUUCCCCUGACCCCUGAUUCUUUUUUUUUUCUUUUUUGCCAGUCCUGGGGCUUGAACGUAGGACCUGAGCACUGUCCCUGGCU